CAUCUGUGCGCAGAGCGGAGAAGAGAAAACCAGCUCUUGCAGAACUCGAGACCACUAUGAGUUUUUCGUUUGAUGAUUUCCUUUCAGCUGGGCAGAUUUUGCUCUUAUGUUGUGUAGUCUGCGUUUUCCUGACAGGAAAAGCAAUAUGGCAAAAUUCUUUUUCCAAGUUGCCCCCAGGUCCUUGGGGCAUGCCAGUUAUAGGUGAGUUUAACAUUCCUAAGUCAAAAAAAUUUAUUUGGCUAGGUUCUUUAACUGUUCAUCUUUAUCGCUAAACUAUGACUCUCUUGCCUUGACACUCGUUUUUAACAGCUGCCAAAUUGUUUUGACGUCGGAAGUCAAAUAAAGUAAAAUUUUCAGUAACUAAGGUUAACUUUUAAGAGAGCCUGCACGUGUUUAUCUUCAAAAAUAAUUAUGCAAGUUUGUCGAUUUAACUCUUUGCAAGAUCUUCAGGAGUUAUGUAACGCCUCUUUCUUUGCCUCUCAGUACCGGUACAGUACGCUACUGCGUGAGCACUUUCUUCUGUUUAAUAAGACUAUGUAGCUAAGACUUUCUAUGAAAUCGCCUUUAUUCAACAAAUCAGAUUUUGGUGACUGCGGACAAUAAAAGAAAUGCAAAGAAUGGAAAUUCUUCGGAGUUACAUUUUCUUUGCUGCGAAGGAGCAAUAACUAUUUCUCCGUGAGAAAGACUCUUUGUUCUAAGAGUCAACCAAGAAACUGCAUUAAUGAAUAGGUAAUUACAGAGAGUGCCCCUUGCAUGACAAGAGCGUCCGAACAUCGUGAAUAUUGCGUGUUCGUGGCCGAUAGUGACGGAACUUUGUUUAUUUUAAGUGUUUUUUUUUCAAAUAAAAGCACAAAUUACGCCCGAAGAUUCCAACGCGACUCAGGCUAGCACAGAAGACCGUAUACUUCUCCGGUCAACUAAAUCUUUGUUCACUAAUCUACAGAAACCUUUGCGAACAAAACCAAACAAUUAAAACCUGAUUUGAAAUAAAGUCACUUUGGUAAAAAUACUCAUGAUAACGCCCUUUGCGGAAAAUGUCGGGCCAUUAAAAGUUCUUUCAAUUUGGUCUAUCGAAAUAUAGUUUGCUUAUUCGCGAACUCAAGAAAGUAAAGGGUAUUGCAAUAGAGCUUAUUGGCGUAACAGAUGAAGGAAAAGAAAAAGAACUUGUGGCUGUCAUUGAGCCUUUCGAAAAUCAUCAACUUCAAGUAGAAAAACCAAUUUUAAAAGCGUUUUUUAGCAACCAGAGAAUUUUUACAUUGUCUGAUCUUUCUGUGGCUCUGUGUAAACAAAUUUGGACUUUGACACUGAAGCACACCCUGGGAUUAGCAAAGGCAAAAGCCACUGUUUAGUACUUGGAACAAAUUACGUUAACGCCAUUCAUUCUUAUAAAAAAAAAAACAUUUUGACACUAAAUUAUCCGGUUAAGGCGUGAUUCAACUUGGAAAACAACAAAAAAAUUCAGUUAACCAAAGCGAGAUUUUCGGUCGAUGGAGAUUUUGCCGUCACUGUAACACGGGCAAACAUCAUCCAGGCCACGUGCUAGGCACAACCCAGAGAACAAAUGCGGACGUGAGCUAUUCUCUAAAUGAGCAGUACCUAUUAUUUGAAAAUCUCGCCUGUUUUCAAAAGAAAAUUACAGCACACUAUUUCCACUAUUCCUUAUGCAUAGCCUCAUUACUGAGAGAAUGUAUCGUGCUAUUAGCCUACGUCUGAGUCAGCUCCUUUGAAACGUUUCCGUAAGACAUUCAUCCCGUCACUUAGUGUCAAUAAGGGUAGACAGAUGAGUCAUUCCGUAUUCAUACGUAAGCGGCUGAGACGUGCUCGAACUUUUAUCUUUUCAAAGGCAGUAUUUUAAACAAUGGUUGACAGGAGUGUUUCAUGACUAAAGCCUAGAGAUUAUUGAUAUGGCUUAGUAAUAUUACGUUGAUUUGUCUUUACAAAUGAGUAAACUAGGAUACAAAGACCAAAAGAUAAUCGGUAGAUUAAAGGUCUCGAAGUCCAACUACCCUAAUGAAGCUUUCACGGUCAUUUCAGUUCCUUUCUUAUAUCUGCCCUUGUAAGUUGAUGCAACGAAGUUAGGUCAUAGUUACUUUUCAAAUAUUGACAUGCAGCUCCUCAGUCUACGAUGGAACUGAAUAAAAUUAUUUUGAAAGUAUUCUAGAGACGUAAUUCUCAUAAAAUAACUUGAAAAAAAUCUCUUAAGACUGAUCAACACUUGGAUUUUACCACUCCACAUGAUAUUAGUGACAGUUUAACCUGUUUAACCACCAUCAAACAGCAAAAUGUUGAUCGAAGAUAUGUUAUGUUAGUUUAGCUUGGUUCAACAAAGAUGUAACUUCUCAGAAGCAGACCUGACGUUUCUAAGAUUUCAAAAAAUUGUAUUCCCUAUUAAAAGUUUUCUUUCUUUUGACCCAGUUUUAAUGCAUUGUUUGUGAUGACAUUUUUGGUCAGACCUAGAAGAAUGCAUAACGAACUCUUUUGGAAUAGUUUUCGACUUAGGAUUGGGUUAUCGACAAGAUGGUUUAUUUCAUAGAUACGGCUGUUAAUCUUCAUCAAAAUGUCCACCGAAAUAACAAAAUUAUAUUUUACUUAGCUCAGAAAGCCUGUAAUAACAACUAAAUGACUUGAGUUCAAAAAUGUAAAUCUAGUUUAAAGUCAGAUUUUAAAGUCUGCUCUUUUAAUAAAUUGUUAACUUUUUCCGAAUGUUACAAUAGGUGCUUGUUUCCGUUUGGGAAAAAAUCCCCAUAUUGAGUUCACCAAGAUGGCGCAGCAAUACGGGGACGUGUUCAGUCUGAUGCUUGGGAAUCGCCUGGUGGUGGUGCUAAAUGGACUCGAUACAAUUCAAGAGGCCCUUGUAAAGCAUUCCACAGCCUUUGCUGGGAGACCACAGCUCCACACUUUUAAACUUGGCAAUCGUGAGGGCACCAGUCUCACCCUGAGUGAUUAUACUCCACAGUGGCGUCUAACCCGUAAGAUCAGCGUCUCUGUGAUCCAGAAUUUUGCAAAGAAUACAGAAAACUUACAAGAAAACCUGCUACAGGAAUGUCAACGCUUGAUUUACUUCCUUAAACAACAGAAAGAUAAACCCGUUGACGCCCUCAUAGCUUUGAAGUUCGCAACAGGCAAUAUCAUUCUUAAUGCACUCUUCGGAGUUAAGUUUUCAUACGACAAUGAAGCCCUUCGAAAAAUACUUAGCAUCUCUGACCGCUACGGAAAAGCUAUAUCUGGCAGCGCCAUCGUUGAUUUCUUUCCAUUCUUGAAGUACUUCCCGAACAAGGCACUCUCCGAUCUCGUAUCCUUAAUGACGGAAACCUUGGAUCUCCUUGGUAAGAUGUUUAUGAAGAACAAAGAGACCUACACCGAUGGGCACGUUCGCAACAUCGCCGACAGUUUCAUCGAUACGGUCGAGAAAGAAACAAUGAAAGACAAAGAGAACAGUUCGAGUAGUCAGAACACACUUAACAUGGCUCCCCUACUCAGUGAUGAGCAGAUUGUCCAGGGCAUGGCAGAUCUCUUCGGCGGCGGGUUCGACACGUCGUCAACAACUCUUAACUGGGCCCUAGCGUACCUGAUCAAGUAUCCCGACAUCCAGCGCCGACUCCAAGACGAACUAGACCGAGUGGUUGGAAGAGAACGCCUUCCUGUUCUUGAAGACUUGGCCUCACUUCCCCUCCUCCAAGCUACAAUCUACGAACUUAUGAGGAUAACAUGCCUUGCUCCUCUUUCAGUGCCCCGUUCAACGACCACAGAGACGAAAUUUCGCGACUUCGUCAUCCCAAAAGACACGAUGGUCUUUGUUAAUUUGUGGUCCGUGCACCGUAAUUCAGAAAUCUGGAAAGAUCCGCAUGUUUUUAAUCCAUGGCGCUUCCUGAACGGUGCUGGAGAGCUGAUCGAUCCAAAGUCCUUUGGAGGCUUCCUACCAUUCUCUGCUGGUCGUCGAAAAUGUCCUGGUGAGCCUCUAGCCACGAAAACAAUCCCUGUUUUCCUUGCAACGCUAAUUCAUCACUUCCGAUUUUCACAGGAAGGUUUGCCGGAAGAGUGUCAAGGCAUUAAUCUUGAGGGCAAUUGUGCUCUCACCCUAACGCCAGACAAGUUUUACGUGCGUAUCGAGGAGCGAAUGUAAAUAAACUCUAUAAUCGAAGGAACUACAAUUUAACUGAUCUCAGCAACAUUAUUCAAAAAUCAUAAAAUUUAUAAAAACUAGAAAGGGACAUGCAACCACUGGAAAAGCUAAUUAGCAUCAGAGUUUAUUAAACGCGACAGAUCUUUAUGGCUUAUAUAAACUUGUGUUAUACACUUUGAGAUGACUUCAUAGGUUGAAAUCGUCAUUAGAAAUAAGUGUAAUUCGUACUUCACUAUUUUUUAUGUAAAACGCAUAAUAAUCAUAUUAUUUGUAUAAUCUAUUGAUUCGAUAUUGAUACACUAAUCGCCAUUUCGCUUGAGCAUAUUUAGUUGAGAUUGAAUCGUACAUUGCGACAGGUUUUCACUUGUCUUAUCCAGAGAGAUAAGUCAUGCGCAUGUACGAAACCACUAGAUCGAACUUGAGACACAACUAUGUACAUAUUGAUUAAAC